CGUCGUGUGGUCUGGCAGUUUCCCUCUGUUCUUCAUCUCCUCCGUAACCCGCUGGUGAGAACGACUGACUAUGGUUUCUGCCCCGAAUGGGAAUACACCAAGGAACAACACAUCUUUGAGAAUGAAUGGAUUAUAUGCCGGCCUCGGGGUCAAAAAUGACCAUCCACUCGCGGAGGUGCGCGCUGUAGGUUCAGGGUAGGCUGCGAAAUUGAUGUAGGCUGAAGCUUAAACAAUUGGCAUCCCAGCUUCGUCAAUAACAGCUCGUGGGUACCGAACCAUUCUAAUUUCAUUUUCUACCAUAGUGCAUUGAGGAUAUCAGUUAUUUUUUUGUCGUUUAUUUUGACAUUUCCCCUCUUCUCGUUGCGCAGUUAAAUGUCUCGGCUGAGACAGGAUUCGCGUCAUGCUUCGCGUCAUGCUAUUUAUGGGAUUUGUAUUUUCUUCUCCACGUAAAGACCAACAGCUCAGAGACAUAUGAAAGAGAUGUGACACGGAUUCCACACAUCGAAGGAGGGGGCUGCUCAGAAAAGAAUAUGAAAAAGCAAGACAUUGGAAGAGACCAUCCAUUUUGUGUCUGGAGAAGAUUUUGAGGAAGGGGACAUUGGGAUAGGCAUAAUUAUAGAAACAGGAGCCUCUGAAUAUACAUUCAUCGCCAUGGGAGCACCCAGCUGUGAAAAUACAUGUUGGGCCUAUUAAUUGUAUGAUUACAAUGACUAGGCCUAUAUGAUAAUGGCUGGAUCAUAUCCAAUAAAACAUCAUUACAUUUGAUUCCAUCUUGUCGGGAAAAAUACAAUAGGAAAAGAUGACCCAGAAAUCGUGAUGACCCUGUCAUCCACCAGUGCCUUCAGCUUCAUGUUAUAAUGUGUGGCUGCGGGAGAAUAUAAACUAAAUUGUACAUAAAUAUCGCCGAUUUGUAGGCCUAUGGGAUUUUAUCAUAGACUAGGCCUAUUUCAUAAUGUAACAACUUCCUUUUGCAUGUUUAUUUCAAGGCAAACGUUGAAUUAUUGUCUGUUGGGGGCGUAUCCAUUCCAAGUGUCAAAUGAAAUGAAUAUCGACAUUGGAAUUUGACAUUAAAGGGAGCAACCUCGAUAUAAUUGAGACUAAUGUUACAAUCCAAGGAAACAUCCCAUGGCACACAGAAAAUAAGUAGGUCUAUAGCUGUCAUAUGAACAAAUGGCCUCCCAAUGCUCAAGUGAAUGAUGGUCUUUAUUCCCAAUGUUAUUUGUACACCCUCCACUAAUUUCUGGAUUCAAAAUGUAUCACCCCGAAUGGAAACCAUAUGUGACCCACUUGAUUUGAAACAAAAGUUUUUUUUUCUCCCAUUGCUGAACAUGUUUUUCAAACGCAGACAAUAGUCUUACUGUCAAGUGCGAUAAGCUUUUUUGAUGCUUAUAGUCAGAUUUUUUGUGAGUGACAUAAACAGAGGUGGAAUUGAUGACACAUAUCUUGACACCGUUGUUGUACUCCGAGGAUAUUGCACGGUACAAGCCAGGAGCACUACCACUGGAAAUUCGACACAAUUCAAGCGCAAGUUCAAGUUUUUGUCUGUUUCGCUCAAAAUGUGGAGAGUUGUAUUGUAGGAGUGCCUCGCGACAGAAGAAGAACAAGAAAGGGAGAUGAAUCCGAGAAGGUGAUGAUGAUGCUGGAUACACAGAAUGCGACCCAUGAGAUUGGUGAGGAGGUGGAGGACGGGGUGGUAUACACCAUCACCCUGCGGAAGGUGCAGAUGCUCCACCACCGCCACCACGUUGGUGGCAGCAGGGCCGCUAAGGGUCAACGCUGGCUAGGUGUGGACGCAUCGCUCAGCCUGUAUGAGACGUGCAAGGUGCGCACCAUCAAGGCAGGCACGCUGGAGAAGCUGGUGGAGUACAUGGUGGCGGCGUUCCGGGGCAACGACUCCACCUACGUUACCAUCUUCCUCUGCACCUACCGCUCCUUCGCCUCCACCAAGCAGGUCCUGGACCUGCUGCUCAACAGGUAUGCCAAGCUCCAGCACCUGCCUGGCUCCGAGGGCCACAGACUGACUCAUGAUGAUCGCACAGAUCUGAGGAACACGAUAUCCUCCAUCUUGGGGGCAUGGCUUGACCAGUACUCUGAGGACUUCUGGAAUCCUCCGGAGUACAGCUGCCUGCGACGUCUCAUCUCCUACCUGCACCUCAACUUCCCGGGAUCGGACCUGGAACGCCGCGCCUGCAACCUCCUGGCCCACUUCCACCGCCGGCAGCUCCAAGAGCCCGAGAGUGAGUUGCUGGAUCAUGGCGGUUAUCCUUUCACCUUAUUGGAGGAGAAUGGCUACGAGGAUGACCGACUGGACUUUCUGAACUUUGACCCGGCGGUGGUGGCCGAGCAGUUCACCCUCAUGGACGCGGAGCUCUUUAAGAAGGUGGUUCCCUACCACUGUCUGGGGAGUAUCUGGUCGCACCGGGACAAGAAGGGCAAGGAGCAUCUGGCACCCACCAUCCGUGCCACUGUCACACAGUUCAACUGUGUCACCAACUGUGUCAUCGCCACCUGCUUGAGCGAGCGUUUGCUCAAACCUACACAGCGGGCCAAACUGGUGGAGCGCUGGAUCGAAGUGUCCAGGGAGUGUCGAAUCCUGAAGAACUUUUCUUCGCUGCGGGCCAUCCUUUCUGCUCUGCAGUGCAACCCGGUCCACCGGCUGAAGAGGACGUGGGACGAGGUGUCCAGGGAGAACUUCCGCAUCUUCCACGAGUUGUCAGAAAUAUUCUCAGACGAAAAUAACCAUUCGCUCAGCAGAGAGCUGCUCAUCAAGGAGGGCACGUCCAAAUUUGCCACCCUGGAAAUAAACCCCAAACGAGCCCAGAAGAGACAGCAGCAGCCCCGAGACCUGAGUGUGAUGCAGGGGACCAUUCCUUACCUGGGUACUUUCCUGACAGACCUAGUCAUGAUGGAUACUGCCAUGAAGGACUACCUGGACGGAGGGCUGAUACAUUUUGAGAAGAGGAGGAAGGAGUUUGAGGUGAUUGCCCAGAUCAAGCUUCUGCAGCUGGCCUGCAAUAAUUAUAACUUCACCCGCAACAAGCGUUUCCGACAGUGGUUCUCCAGUGUGGACAAACUCACUGAGGCCGAGAGCUACAGUCAGUCGUGUGAGAUCGAGCCGCUGUCGGAGUCGGCCUCAAAUACUCUGAAAAAGAAGAACACGGGAAUCAUCAAACGCUGGAGCGAUCGCCAGCCGGCCAGCUCGGAGCCAGGCUACUGCAGUGCGGGCAGCUCUCACUCCAAGUCCUUUGACCAGCUGCGCUACGCCCCCUGCUUGGGGGGCUCAAGUGGAGGUGGAAGGGGUGACGGAGCAGACUCCCUGAGCGUCACCUCAGUCGGCUCCAGCAGCUCCGACGUCGAGGAGAUAAAUAUCAGCUUCAUCUCCGACUCGCCUGACGCCCACGAGCGAAAGACCUCCACGCCUUCCGUAAAACAUUCCAAUUCCACGUUAGGGAAGUGCGGCCCCUUGCCUGACCUGGCACCCACGUUCUGGGAGUCCACUUCUCUGUCCUCCUUGGACGCCUCUGGUGUGGGAUCUGGCUCGGGCUCCAGCAGCGCCUCCUCCUCCUCCAUGUCUUCCACGCCCGUGGUAGGGGCCGGCUCCCGCUCGCACAAGCGCUCCGUGUCGGGUGUGUCCAGCUACUCGUCGCUGUCACUGCCCCUCUACAACCAGCAGGUGGACGAUUGCUGCAUCAUUCGUGUCAGCCUGGACGUGGACAACGGCAACAUGUACAAGAGCAUCCUGGUGACCAGUCAGGACAAGACGCCGGCGGUGAUCAGGAAGGCCAUGGUGAAACACAACCUGGACCGGGAGAGAGCGGAGGACUACGAACUGCUGCAGAAGAUCUCUGAGGAGAAAGAGCUGAAGAUUCCAGACAAUGCCAACGUUUUCUAUGCCAUGAACUCCUCGGCCAACUACGACUUUGUCCUGAAGAAACGUGGCUUCCCCAAGGUGGGGCGGACCAAGCAUGUGGCCAGCUCCACACUGCCGCGCAUGAAGCAGAACGGCCUGAAAAUUGGCAAGGGCAUCUUCUGAGGGGCUACACCAUGUCCUCACCCACCUCCCGCUUCCUGCUGGGCUCUCUGGGUGCCACCUUUUAGUACCACCCUUGAUGUACCAUGGUAGAGGGGCCAGCCGCCAGCUCGGUCUUGUGUUUGGCGUCUGAGCGUUAAAGCCUCAGAUGACUAAUACAGCUGAGUGGGAUGGAAAGCCCUAUAGGCCAAUGAACUUGCACAAAUCACUUCCUGUUAGCUUCAGCUCUCUGUGGACGUCCUAAUCGAUAGUGAGUGAAAACUGAGGGAAAAUGGUAACUGUAUCUUAUCCAGGUGCGUCUGAAAAUGCCUUCCCUCUAAAGGAGUUACACUCCCUGUCAUUUCUACAGAACCCUCCCUCAGCCAAUGCAGCGCGUGUGUGUGUGUGCGUGCGUGCGUGUGUGUGUGUGCGUGUGUGUGUGUGUGUAAAGUAUUCAAGCACUCAGAGAAAGAGCGAGAGAGAGAGAUGGACAGAGAUGGAAACAUGAAUGUUGUAUUGUGAAAUGAACCGUGGUCUUUAAAUGUCUAGUCUUUUUGUUCUAUGUAGUGUACGGAAAAAAAGAAGAAUGAAAGGAGUUCUGGUCUGCUCCCUCCUUUAUUUCUCUCUUUCAUUAAGGCCUGUUUUCCUUGGGUACCAGGGUAGGGGUCAGUUCAUUCAGGAGAUAAAUGAAAAGGGAGGAAAAGAAAGAACUUUAAUUAAAACAUACUGGUCUACUCCAUGUGUGCCAAAGAGCAGAGAAGAGUGGACUAUGAGAUAUGAUCAUAGACCGUUUUUGGGAGCAUAGAGAUUGCAGUGGGGGAGUGAGUUUGCUUGCUGUUGAGAGAUUCCUUGCACAGAUGUGUGAUUCUUUGUCUAUGACUCUGAUAGAAGAUCAUCUGAUAUGACGAGUCCUUGGUUUGUAGUACCCCAUGUCUAUCCAUUUCUUACAGUAUUGCAGCACUUAUGAUCAAACCUAACGUCCCUAAUUAUCAGCAGCCAUGUCAGUGGUAUUGUGGAUUAGAGUGUUAAAGCCUGUGUUCUGAAUUGAUUGACUUUUUGACUGUGACCGUGUCACACUGUGUCCUGUACAUGACAGUAAACAUUUUAAAAUGGACACAGGAUUGGGUCUCUAUCAGAGGGCAGGCUACAUGUAGGCUGGCUAUACUUUACUUCUAUAGCCUUUUUACAUAUUGUACCAACCUGAACCAUAGUGUGCUGGCUGGCUCUGAUAUUGUAUUUUAACAUGGUCCUUUCCAUCACAGUUCCAGCCACUAUGGUUGAUGCAUAACUAGGCCAGCGCAGUACAGCUUGGCUCAGCUCAGUACAGUAGUGUAAAAAGGGUAUGUUUUCAGGUGCUAUAAUGAUCGUUUUUCAUAUGUCAAUUAUCAUAAGGAUAGGUGGUCAUAGGGGAGUGGCUAUAUGGACACUCCUGGUGCCCAAAUUGCUGACGUUUUUUGUGCAGUGAGAGUCGAGUGGUGACGAACGGAUUCAGUUCAGUCAUUUCAGACAGUCUUGAUGAUGUGCCGUUCCUAGUUUAAUGCUUGUGGCUCAAAACUUGUCGGUCGAAGUUGGGACUUGGGAGUGUUCAGAAUCCUUUAGUUUUUGUCUAAUUAAUAAUUGUACAAAAUGUAACAUUAGAGGUGUAUGUCGUAGUAGUAGAUUUUCGGUGAAAAUCACUAUUGACUACACUAUCUACUUCCCUAUCCUUACUGCGUCAAGCGGGAGAGAAGGACACGGCGCCCUGUGUUGCGUUGGCUUGAUGUGCAAACUCUCCCCAUUGAGCAGGUGCAGACAGUGUUGAAGAAACAAAAGUGUAUUAUUUAAACAGAGGCAGGCAAACGACAGGUCAGGUCAGGCAGAGGUCAAUAAUCCAGAGAGAGUGUAAGGCACCGGAACAGCAGACGGGCUCAUGGUCAGGUCAGGCAGAGGUUAAUAAUCCAGAGAGAGUGUAAGGUACCGGAACAGCAGACGGGCUCAGGGUCAGGUCAGGCAGAGGUCAAUAAUCCAGAGAGAGUGUAAGGUACCAGAACAGCAGAGGGGCUCAUGGUCAGGUCAGGCAGAGGUCAAUAAUCCAGAGAGAGUGUAAGGUACCAGAACAGGAGAGGGGCUCAUGGUCAGGUCAGGCAGAGGUCAAUAAUCCAGAGAGAGUGUAAGGUACCAGAACAGCAGAGGGGCUCAUGGUCAGGUCAGGCAGAGGUCAAUAAUCCAGAGAGAGUGUAAGGUACCAGAACAGGAGAGGGGCUCAUGGUCAGGUCAGGCAGAGGUCAAUAAUCCAGAGAGAGUGUAAGGUACCGGAACAGCAGAGGGGCUCAUGGUCAGGUCAGGCAGAGGUCAAUAAUCCAGAGAGAGUGUAAGGUACCAGAACAGCAGAGGGGCUCAUGGUCAGGUCAGACAGAGGUCAAUAAUCCAGAGAGAGUGUAAGGUACCAGAACAGCAGAGGGGCUCAUGGUCAGGUCAGGCAGAGGUCAAAAAUCCAGAGAGAGUGUAAGGUACCAGAACAGCAGAGGGGCUCAUGGUCAGGUCAGGCAGAGGUCAAUAAUCCAGAGAGAGUGUAAGGUACCAGAACAGCAGAGGGGCUCAUGGUCAGGUCAGACAGAGGUCAAUAAUCCAGAGAGAGUGUAAGGUACCAGAACAGCAGACGGGCUCAGGGUCAGGUCAGGCAGAGGUCAAUAAUCCAGAGAGAGUGUAAGGUAUAGGAACAGCAGAGGGGCUCAUGGUCAGGUCAGGCAGAGGUCAAUAAUCCAGAGAGAGUGUAAGGUACCAGAACAGCAGACGGGCUCAGGGUCAGGUCAGGCAGAGGUCAAUAAUCCAGAGAGAGUGUAAGGCACCGGAACAGCAGAGGGGCUCAUGGUCAGGUCAGGCAGAGGUCAAUAAUCCAGAGAGAGUGUAAAGUACCAGAACAGCAGAAGGGCUCAUGGUCAGGUCAGGCAGAGGUCGGUAAUCCAGAGUAGAGGCAAAGGUACAGGAUGGCUGGCAGGUUUAGGGCAGGCAGGCUCAGGGCAGGCAGGCAGGCUUAGGGCAGGCAUGCAGGCUCAGGGCAGGCAGACAGGCUCAGGGCAGGCAGACAGGCUCAGGGCAGGCAGACAGGCUCAGGGCAGGCAGACAGGCUCAGGGCAGGCAGACAGGCUCAGGGCAGGCAGACAGGCUCAGGGCAGGCAGACAGGCUCAGGGCAGGCAGACAGGCUCAGGGCAGGCAGAAAAGGUAAAAACUGUGAAACUACAAAACAGGGACUAUAGCGAAGACAGGAGCAAGGGGAAAUCGCUGGUAGGUUUGAACGAACCAAACGAACUGGCACAGACAGACAGAAAACACAGGUAUAAGUACCCAGGGGAUAAUGGGGAAGAUGGGCGACACCUGGAGGGGGGUGGAGACAACCACAAGGACAGGUGAAACAGAUCAGGGCAUGACAAUGUCAUCCAUUUGAGCUCCGGUGUGUCCGUAUAGCCUCUCCCUAGUCACAUUAUGUAAGUACUGCGUUAUGAAUGCAUUCAACUGUGCUGGUUGGUGACAGUGAUGGUUGCUGUAUGUUUGUGAAUAUUGGGGUCCGGGAGUCUACUGCCCUUAUGUCAUUCGUUGGACUUCAUAUCGGUUCUGUUGAUGGAAGUUGCCCCUAAGCCCUGAUUCAAGAUCAGCUUAUAUUCCUACAUCCUAUGACCAAGGUUAGGAUUGAGGUUGGGAAUGCUAAACCUAGAUCUGUGCUUAAAGACAACUUCUGUAAUGCGUCAAUGAAUGAGGAAUGGAUCCUUUGUGCACAUCUCAAACUUUUGUGUAAGUUCCCAGUUAAUGUGUGGGUGUAAGUGAGUUCAUCCCGGAAUGUGUGCAUAUUGUUUCUCUUUUUUUGCGAAUGUGUGCCUCCCCAGGUGCCCAGAAUAUCUAAAUAUCAGAGGGGGGGGAUCUGUCAUAAAGAUGUCAACAUUUCAGGUUUCACAAGUGUGUGUGUGUGUGUGUGUGUGUGUGUGUGUGUGUGUGUGUGUGUGUGUGUGUGUGUGUGUGUGUGUGUGUGAAAGAGACUCGCUUCUGUGUCUGCAUUGUAAGGGCCAACGACUGCACCGAUCAAACUAAGUUAGUCCCUCUCAGAAACACUACCUGAUCAGGAAUUCACCCUCACAAUGACCCUCCUUAAAACCUUUGUGCCAUCGCUCUCCAUCACUGUCAAAGACUCAGAACUCUAACGAUUACCUGUUCAAUGUUUUUUCUAAUGUUCUUUUUGUAUUUUUUGUAUUAUAAAAGACUCAGUGUCCUUUGUACUUUAGAUUUAGAUUUUUGCGUGUGUUUGCUUUAUUUAUUAACUUGUAAAUACUUUUGUAGCAUUUUACAUUUAGUUUCUUUUCCCAUGCAAUUACAAAUUAAUAUGUAAAUAUAUAUAUAUGCGAUGGUUAUACCACUGUAGUUGCAGGGCCACUUGUCUCCAUAUCCCUUUGACUUUGGUUGCUUUACAUCAAUCCUGUCUUUUGUAUAAUGGUCAGUUUUGAUAUUGCUUUCCCCCUUAUUGCGCUGUUUGUAAUGGAGAAAACCCCACCUAAUAAACACUUACCAUGUGUCAAAA